AUGUUUUUGAAGGCCAUUGCCAUCCUAAGGACUUUUGACUUUCGACAUUCCUGGUCCAGAUUGCAUUGGAGCCGCUGGAAACAGCGGGCGGAGCCGAAGAAAGUCAUAGUCGCAACUUCGAAAUACACAGCACUUCGACGAUGUAUAUUCCAUCUGAUUCCCGCUUCCAUGUCGGCGGCAGUGCUGGCUCUGAAUUUUCGCAGGCUCUAUCUCGGUGCUGACCUCUCAGGGCCAAUCAGCUCCGAGACCAUCACUCUUAUGAUGUUCCAAGUCCUAGCCAAAGUGCACGAAAUAUUUCUUGUCGCUAGCUUGGGCAUGAUUAUCCAUCACGUUCUUAGAUAUGAGUUGCUCUAUGGCGAAGGCUUACCACUUGGCCUCAUCGGCUCUGGCGUUUCUUUCGGAAGUUUCCUCUUCUUUUUUACCAAAGAGUUCUGGGGAUCUCUGAGAUAUGUGAGGUUUCCAGGGGGGCGAGCUCGGAAACUAUCCUUCAUAUUCCUGCUUCUCCUGGCUGGUCUGACGGCAACUUUCGCCGGUCCUGCAAGUGCAACACUAUUGGUUCCACAGUCCCAAAGUAUUCCACAUGGCCGGACAGAAAUAUUCCUCGACGGGACAUCUCAUGAUCUUUGGCCGGAAGAUCUUUCAGGAGACCUGUCUGAGCUUGGAAAAUUCUGCACAAGCCAAUCUUCAAGCGUCACAGCAAUCUGUCCCGGCGGGGGGUAUUCGUCGCUAUGGGAGUUUUGGGGCCGAAUGACGUACUCGACAUUUCAUGACGGCAAUGUACCAAAAUUUUCCAAAAGAUUGUCUGGUUCUCGGUUCUUUUGGCCAGUACACAGUCCAACCAUUCCAAUACCGCCGUUGUACUCACUGGGAGACGUUAGAGAACGAGAAGAGGCUAAGUUCUCCACGUUCCUCGUGCAACCGCACGCGGCAACUGCGAUAUAUCUACAGCGACUGGCGACAGAUUGGUGGACGGCCGUGACUGCGAAGGAAGGGACAGUGGAGGACCGCUUUGAUGAUCGCAAGCUCGAGGCAUCUGCUAGAGCGGCCAUUGUGUCCAUGCGGUGUGCUCCGCCACAGAACUUGUCCGCUUCGGACAACAUUGUUCGCUUUCCCCAGGUCAAUGGGCGGUUUGCAUACGCAGAACCUUUAGACUUCACGCUUGAUGACAUCAAUUCAACGUCUUCUGACCUUCUUCGCUUCAGGUGGGUAGAACUUCCAGAUCGAUUCGGCACCGUUAGUCUGGGGGCUUUAUUUGAAUCACCCUGGGACCUUGAGUCGAACUCACGUGUGGCGAUAGGGUGCUCGGGUCAGGCGGGGUGGGUUCCAGCACAGAUAAUGUCCGACGCAUACACAUUCUGGACAGGUUGGUACGCAUGGGGCAUAUUUUUCGGUGGACGAACACCGGCUUGGACUGCGACUCCUAAGGGGGCGGAGCAGUCACCCACUAACGGAAGAAUUGCCUUCGGGGCACCCUGGCUGGACUUGUUGACGCCCCCAGUGCCCUCGGGUCUGGAGAGACCUGACUGGAAGCCGAAUGCAAUGGAAAGCAUUCUGGAUAAGGCUGGAUUUGGAAAUGUUGUGCCUAGCAACAGCCGCAGUUCCAUGGCAGAUCAAUGGGCGUUGGAAGACACGUUGGGCUCAGGGAGGACGGUCUUUCUAGAAUCCAUUAUUGCCAGCGUCCUGGUGGAUGGUGUGAGCCGAAGCGGCAGCCACCGCGUCUUCGAGAACAACGGGACGCAUGUGUUACCGGCUCUCGCGGGCUAUGAGAAGCUAGCGGAUUUUGACAAAUUGGUUCAAGCAGGGAAGACGGCCUUGAGACAGCCAAACAAGCCGGUCACAGAUUACACAACAUUGGUGGCCCAAAUGGAGACAAGUGGCUACGCAAUGAGACUCGAUCUCGCAGGGUAUCUUGCUAUGGCAGUACUCCUGACACACUUGCUCAUGGCAGCUGUCCAUACGAUAUGGGUACUCUAUUUUGGCCACACGUCCAAGAGCUGGGACACGGUCGCAGAGCUCGUAGCACUUUCACAAAACUCGCGGCCUGCACUGGUUGCGCUGGCCAAUACUGGGGGAGGGGUUCGAUGCCGGAAAACAUACGAGCAAAUGGCGGUGGUCAGGGCGUGUCAGGAAGGUGACGGUUCAACAGAUGAGCGGGUGGAGUUGCUGUUCGACGCAGGCAAGCGAGAAGACACCCUCACUGAGACCAAAGAGGACCCAAAAGGCAUGGCGCUGAGAACACCAUCGACUUGGCCACGACACGGUGAGGGUGGGAUGCUCAAUAUAGGGAACCACCAGCCUCAUGGCCGUUCCUCUUCUACAGAAAGGCUUUUAUUUCAGAGCAAAGGUGGGCGUGAUGGAAUGUACAGUCGAGUGAGGCCUGGACACCUGUACGGUUGA